CUGUGUCAAAAAACCCUAACUGAAAUGAUACAAACGGAUUACACCCAAGUUGCAACAACUCAUCUCACACAUGUUGGUAUCAUCCUCAUCUUUGGAGGUGGGAGUUGUGCCGGACAACAGCGCCACGACAGAUGUGUCUAAUGUUCCGUUUAACCGCGCGCCGGGUCCUGCGGAUGCCGCUCCCAACCCAUUGUCCGGGGUGGACCGAGAGGCGAGGGUUCUGAGGUACAGAGAGAAGAGGAAGAACCGCAAGUUUGAGAAGACGAUACGGUACGCUUCUAGAAAGGCGUACGCCGAGACUCGGCCGAGGAUCAAGGGAAGGUUCGCCAAGCGGUCCGAGAUCGAAGUGGUCCCGGACGCUUCGUCGUAUGGCAUCGUCCCCUCGUAUUAAGCCGUGCAAGGCGGAAGUAGAAGUGAAGAACGGAUAAUUUUGGGUGAUUGAUUACUGUGUUGAUGUUGAUGUGUAUAGUGUUGUACUAUAUGCUCGAUUCACUUUGGUGGUCGACUUUCAUGUAUUUUUCAUCCUUUUGCAUUAUGUAAUGAAUGAUCAAAAUUUACUAACUCCUAUCUUCGUACUCCCCCCUACAGUCUAUAGUUUCAUGUUUAACUUCUCAAUGCUUGAUAAAUUCUUGGAUAUAUU